AUGGCGGCAGUUGAAACUGCACAGCUACAACAAUUCUUCGAAGACAUUUCUCUUAAGAUUACCCCGGCAGAAACGGAAAAUGUUGUGCAUUCUUUUAAACGGAUAUAUGGGGGGAAGUUUAAGUCGUUGGAAAGCCACGAUCUGUUGAAAUGUUUGCAACUUCUUGCUAAGCAAAGGUAUGUAACCGAAAACAACCUGAAACUCGUAGAAGACUUCGUUGCUCCGAAAUGUAGCCAACAGAAGGACAUUGAGGAGGCACUGAAAAGUUUAAAGGCCUCUCGUCUGAUGAAAGCUGAUCCAAAAAAGGAAUUAAAAGGACGGAGCGAUGAAAUCACGAAAAUCAAUAGAAAACUUGAAUCAAAAGAUAUUGCACUUCUAAACUUGUUUGGGUCGUCCGGGAUAGGAAAGACAGAGCUUGCAAAAGAAGUUUGUUCAAAAUGGAAAGGGAUUUCUCGAAUUUUUGACCUGAGGAAGGCACAGGAUAUGACAGCGAUCUAUCACAACAUGCUUCAUUCUCUCGAACUAGCUGUUCCAGCCGGUCGUGUUGAGCAAUUGCAAGAGUAUGUUGUAGCAAAGGUUCAAGAGAAAGUGAAAGAGCUGAAAGAUGGGGAACAGCCUGUUCUUUUUAUGCUGGAUAAUGUGGACCAAUUUACCGCAGGGAAAAAAGAAGAGGGGAAAAGGUUAAAAAAAGCAUUCCUACGCUUUUUAGAAGAACUUUUAGAAAGUGAAGAAAAAAGACUUCCUUUAAAACUGCUUCUUACUUCAAGCACUAAGUUAGAGGAACUCAAAAAGAUGGAUGAUUUUGAAGUUAAGUCUCUUGAGAGAUCUUUUUCAGAGAAAAUCCUCAUCCCUGAGGGAAUGACUGAUGUAAAAACCCAUCAGAAGGAUCGUUUAAUAAGCAUUGCCAAAGGAAUCCCUCUUAUUUUGAAAGGACUGGCUGCUAUCUUGAGACAGGAACGAAAAUCUGUUGAUGAUCUCAUUGCAAGCGUCACUGCCUCUUCACAGCAAUCUGAAGCAGAGGGAGAUGCAAGAAGUAGUGUACUCACUUUUGAGCAAGAAGGAGUAGACAUGGGUCAGAUGUCAGUGAUUCAAGAAAUGUUUGAUACACUUCCCACUGAAAGUUUAAGGGUAUCUGCAGUAGUAAUUUCCUUGUUUCAUGGACCUUUCUCUGUGAAAAUGGCUGCCAAAGUUCUUGGUUUUGAUGAGGUGGAAGCCAUUGCUCAGUUAGAGGGACUCGUAGCCAGUGAAAUAAUUUUUGUUGUUGAUGAAGAAGCAAAAGAGAGGAAGUAUGACAUUCAUCCACUAUUACAAAAGUAUGCUGAUAGUAUCAAGAGUCUUGAAGACUUUAAUACUUCUUUCCUUGAGGCAAAGGAACGCUUCUAUGAACUCUUCAUGUACAGGAUGAAGAAAAUUGCAGAACUCAUUGAGCCAGAUUAUGUCAAAGCAUUCCAUUUGUUUGAGAGUAACAAAGCCAACUAUGAGUACACUGUUGAGAUCUCCUUGCAACCAGAAUAUUUCAGUGUUCCAGCUGAAUUCCGUGAAAAUGCCUUGAUGGCAUCCCUUUUCAUCGCAAUGCUGCAUGAGAAACUGAUCCCGGUCUUUGGUUCCUGGGCUGAGAAAUGUGAAGAUGAUGGAAAAUCAGGUUCCCUUGCUCGAGCACAGUUGAAGUCUUGGGAAGCCAGACAAGUUGCAGAUGUUGUUGGGACUGAGAAAGCAUUCAAAGUAUUGAAAGAAGCUCUAUUUUCAAUGGAGAGAGUUGAAGACAAAUCUAGCGAGUCCUUUAAGCUCACCAAAGGCCUUUACUUGCACACUGAAGGAGAAAUUCUCUGGAGAAACAGAGACUAUAAAAAAGCACUUGCAAGCUUGACGUUGGCCUUAACAUUCUCUGAGCCGCUGCUGAAAGAACAUACCGAUCUUGCAAGGUGCUACAAUGCAAUUGGAAACUGUCAUCUAAGUCUGAAACAGCCCACAAAAGCGCUCGAGUUCUUUGAAAAAGCCUACAUGAUGCAAGAGAAAUUAGCAGCCUCUAAGAACCACUUCGACUUGCCAAUGUACAAGCAACAGAUUGGAGCGGCGUAUGAUCAUGAUGGCCUGAAAGAUUAUGAAAAGGCAGUUGAAUGUUACAAAGAUGCACUGGGACUGCUGGAAGAUCUCAAACUCCUAGGUUGUUUGGAUGAAGCACACUUCUGUAGAAAUCUUGCAAAUGUGCUUAUGUUUCAAAAGAAAUAUUCAGAGGCAGUCAAACCUGCAGAAAGGGCUCUCAAGAUUAGGAUGGAUCUUCUAAAAAAUCAUCCACUGACUGUGCGUAGCAUUUUUCAGCGAGCGGUUCUUGAAGUUAAUCUUGAACAUCCAAAAGAAGCCUUGAAGUUCUUCCUUGCAGCAUGGGAGAUGGAAAAGUCACUCGGGGCGGGAAACCACAGUGAAGUAUGGCGAAAGAUUAUUGAAGGUGUCAACGCUAUGUGUUACCGCCUGAAAGAAAAACGACAGUGGGAAAGAUUUAGGAAAGAUGCCUUUAAGUUUUGUCAGCGAUUCUGGGGAGAACAGAAAGUAUCUGCACAAUUCACCUUCAAUAAGUACAACAGAGAAAUCAUUGAUGCGCUAAAAGAGUAUGCUAUUGAUAAGAAAGACAAACAUGCAGUGCGUAAGGAACAACUUUGGUUCUACGAAGGGAUGUGCAAUGUCGACGAGAGAGAGUUUCAAGAGACGUUUGAACUGGAAAACGAUAACAAUAUCCUCCUUGAUCUGUUGAAAGAACGAGAUAGGCUCUUAACCGAUGUUAUACGCCUUUGUUCUGAACUUCACGAGCGUGAGAAGCUUGCAAAACACAAAGAACACAAGGUGGCUUUGUACAAAAUGUGUCUUGUUAAAGCGGGUUUUCUUGGUGACAAGGCAGAUGGCUUGGACAAAGCGUCAUUGAAGAGGAAGGUAGAGGAACUGUACAAAGAGAUAGGAAAAGAACGAAUCAUCCUGGAAUUUAGAGAGACAUUGUUGGCUUCUUGGCAAAUGCAGUGGGAAGAAGGAAAAACCAAAGAAAAGGCGGAGAAGAUCGGCGUUGAAAGAGAAACGACAAUCGAUGGCAUUCUCCAGUUGAGCAAAGAGCUGAUGAAAGAUACUGUGUACAAACAGUAUGGACAAGAAGCGUUGAGUUUUUAUGAUGAAUUAUGGGAAGUAAAGCACGCUUCCUUGAAGAAUCCCGAAAUGAAGAGGUUCCUUCUUAAAGUAAAGGAUUUGGCGUCGUCCAUCGGUGAUUACAGGAGUAAAAAACUCUAUGAAGAUGCAUUAAAGGUGCUGAAUGAAACUGGGAAACAUCCAGGGGCCAUAUUGAGACCAAAAGCUACAAGUUCCACUUCUAAAUCGAAGAGAGAAGAGAAGGAUGAUGAAGAGGAAAAAGAGGAAAUUGAGAUUGAACAGAAAAAGGAAGAGCUCGAAAUUGGCUUAGAAGAAGAAACUGAGGUUGGGGCAGAGAUGGAACCCUCUUCUGAAGGUGUUCAAACUGAUGAGAGAAGCAUCAUUUUCAAAGACACUGUAACAACACAAGGUGGCCGCUGGGACUUGAGGAAGGCAGCAACUCACUUGGUAUUUCCUCGUGGUUUUGUUGCUGAGGACACUAUAUUGACUCUUUUUCGAUUGAAAUCCUCACUGUGUUCUCCUCCUCUUCAGCCAAAUGAAGCCAUAGUCAGCAAUGUUCUUGAAUUAUCGGCAGACACUCCUGAAAGUCUUCUAUUCAAUAAAGAAGUCACGCUUGGAAUUUCGCACAGUGCGUUGGACCUUAAAGGAUAUGAAGUGGUGAUUAAGACCUUGAUAGACAGAGAGAGAAAUGAAUGGAAGGACGUCGAGCAAACAGUUGAUUAUAGAUCUCUGUCAGAUCUUCAGAGAGUCUAUCACGAUAAUUUUCCUGACUAUCUUCUUCCUGUUGCUGAAACGAAGAUUAUCCAGUGUUCUACCUUCGUUGUGGUUUGCCGUCUCAAGUCCUACAUUUUUACGAUAACAUCAGAACCGUCUACCAUCUCUUUGCCUGAUUUCCCUUUGGUGAAGAUUCAUUUUCCACCAAAUUCGGUCUCGUCCACUGAAGAAUUCAGUGUCAGAUCCGUGCUCGAGUCCUGUUUCAACCAUCUAAUGGUACACAGCGAGAGUGGACUGAAAUCACAGAUCUUCUCGAUUCCCCUCCGUGGCUGGAUGGGUUUGUUAUCAAAUUCAACGUGAGACACUUCUCAGGAUUUUGGACCUGGCUCGCAUCACCAUUAACCCAAAUUGCCCGUGCAUGGAAUACGGAGAGUGUACGGCAUUCAGUCGUUUUCACAGCUACUGUUCCAGUGCAUACUAGACUUAACACCGAUGUAGAUCUGCUUUUGUACUGCAGUCCAAAUGACAAGAAAAGAGAACACAUCGAUGAUGAGAAGAUGGUUUGGUUGAUAGAAGAAAGUGCAUGGUACAGCAUGGUCACUGAUGAUCAAGCUUACGUCUUCCUUUCAGGGGAUGCAGCGCAAGUAGUCAAUAAGGAACGACUCAAGAAUUUUUUUCUCAGGUUUGAUAGAGAGGCUUCUAAUUUUAGACGUCUGGCGGUACACGUGGUAAACAAAGGCGUCCUAACGAUAGAGUUCUACAAAAGUAAAGAUCGGAGUGAUGGAAAUAUGAUUGGUGUACUGGAUAUGAAACUGC